AUGGAAUUAUUUAUUUUAAAGUUGCUAUUAUGCAUUAUGAUAGGCAUUAUCUUAAUUUAAGAUUCCGAUUUUUGGGAAGCAAAUGGAUAUUUAUAAAAAAUAAAAGAUGAUAAAUAUAUCAAAGAAAAUCUAAAAAGGAUUUAGGUGCGCAGCUUACUGCAACUGAAAAAAGUCCCAGAAGCUUUUGGAAUUCUAAAUGAAAUAUAAUUUUGCCAAGGUUAUGAUAAUAUGUUAAAUGAUACCUUUUAUAUGUUAAAAAAAAUUGGCAUGACUUUUCCCGGAGCCAUUUAAUUUCACAGAUUAUAUGAAAAAAAUAAUAAGGAUUCUGAAGCUAUGCAUUUUGAAGGAUAAUGCUAUUAUAACGACCUAAAUUACGAUAAAGCCUUAUAAUGUUUCGAUAAAGCAAUAGAUGCAAAUCCAAAAUCGGCAAAAUCAUUCUAUUACAAGGGCCAAAUAUUAUUUAGAACAUUCUAAUUUGAAUAAGCAUUAGAAUGUUACUUAUAGGCUGGUAAAAUAAGCUCAAAAUACAAUAAUCACUAUAUAAGCUUCCACAUAGGAAAUUUAUAUUUACUUUUGUUUAAAUUUGAGAAAGCCUAGGAAGCCUAUAAUCUUUCGAUUGAACAAGAUAGUUAAAUAGAGGCUGGAGCUGAAAGGAGAUAGGUUACUUUAGCUAUGAAGGCGAUAAUCCAUUGGUAUAAUAAAGAUAUUUAGAGUGCCCGUGACUUAGUAGAUACAAAUUUGUAGGUGUCUACUUUUAUGUUAAGCAGGCUUUAUUAGGAAUUAAAAUAUGAUUACUAGGCUUAACAUAAUCUAACUCUAUUUAAGUAAAACAAUGUUGAUGGAUAUAAUUUUCAAAAAUAAAAUUAUGAUCAUGGAUAAAUGUUCAUAAAAUAUAUGGAAAAGAAUUCAUAAUAGUUUGAAUAAUUGGAUGAUAGGGAAUAUGAAAUAAUGAAAUACGCUGCUUGGGUUUUAGAUUACUAUGCCUACGACAUUGAGUUUGGAUAUAAAGAUUGGGAUUAUUCUAAAAUCUUUUAUUUAACAAUUUAAAAUGAAUAAAAUGAAAAGAUUACUAGAUAAUAAUAAAGGCGUCUAGAAAAAUAUCCAAUAAUAUGAUAUAUUUUAAUUAAUAAUUGAUUUUUAUAAUGAAUAAAUUAGAGAAGGAAAAAGUCUAGAAACUAGCAAAGAAGGCUUUUGAUAGUCUAGAUGCUGAGGGGGAAGGAAAUCUCUCGUUAGAAGAAUGUAUUAAGGCUUUUAAAGUUCUGAUGCCAGACAAGUAAAUUGAUCCCACUUUAUUUCCUAAUGAAUAGAUAACAUUUUAAGAGUUCUUGCGAAUUAUCAGCAUUAUUAUUGAUAACUACAAUGUCUGUU